AUGCAGGUUUACCCCAUCGACGUCAAGCCGGCGGACAGCCUCCUGUUAGCCGGGGACGAUUUUCAUGCUUCCCGCGGCGUCAACUUCUCGCUCAGGACGUCGACACCUGAGCUGCUGAAGGGUGCUAUCGCAGCUCCAUGGAACAAGCAUCCCGUUUCAGACACAGCGGGUGCACGUGACACUUCGCCAGAAGCCACCGGCUCAACCACGUCAGUUCUACUGUGGUAUUGCCGUCUGACCAUGAGCUGCGUCGCAUCCCAUUUCGAGAAACGGCCCCAGCGUUCACAGAGAUGCCUCACCAAUCAUCCGGCUGCAGCUCGGCCCAUCAGUGGGGGUGGGGCAGACACCAGCAUUUCAGGUCGGUCUGCGACCUUACCGAAAGUUUCAGGGCCUCCCGCCAGAACUGUCUUCUACGAGUUGUCAGAAAACUUGGACGAGUUCGACCCCAGUGAUAUAGUCUAUUCCACCCACCAGAAAACACACUUCAAGCAGAGACAAGCAGAGACAAGCAGAGACAUCUUCAAGCAGAGACAUCUUCAAGCAGAGACAUCUUCAAGCAGAGACAUACCAUGGCCCAGACCGACCAGCGUGAUGCGGCCAGUGUCGUCCACCAAAGAUGCUUCUCGCAGAUCGUCACUCCAUGUUUUAGUGUGGUCCGGCCCGACCACUACGAUGCCAGCGCGAGGCCAACCACGCACUUCUGAAUGGGAUCACUCCUCAGAGCACGGCGGCGAAGUGCAACCGACAGGGGACGUGGGCAAGGAGGAAGAAGCCGAGGAGGAGCACGCGGCCCUGCUCAAGAGGGAAGCGGCGCAGCUGACCCGCAAAGUGAGCUUCGAGAAGCUGACCAACCUGGACUUUGCGGGCAGCGCGUACUACACCAUCCGCAACCUGUCGCUGUACGAGUGCCAAGGCUGGUGCCGUGACGAGAAGGAGUGCGUGGCGGCUGCCUUCAGCUUCGUGCUCAACCCUCUGGCGCCUCAGCAGGAGACCACCUGCCUGCUGCAGAACAGCUCGCAGGCGCGCAAGCCCACCGCCAGGCCCCAGAGAGCCGUGAACCUUUACUACCUCGUCAAGAACCACAUACGCUCAGAGAAAAUCUGCGACCGGCUAUGGUCGUUCGAGCGGUUCCCCAACAAAAUGGUGCGCGGCCACGACACGGCGGUGCUCUUCACGGCCAGCAAGGACUCGUGCCUGGCGGCAUGUCUCAACGAGGACCGUUUCGUGUGCCGCUCGGCCGAGUUCAACUACGUCACCCUGCAGUGCCACCUGAGCGACGUGGACCGCCGAUACGCGGGCGUUCAGGAGAAGUAUGGGGACGCAAUCGGCGUCGACUACUUCGAGAACGCCUGCCUAGAAGCGAGCGCCGUCUGCUCGGGAAUGAGGACGUACGACUUCGCUCAAGUGGGAGUGUCACAAGACGUGGUGACGCAUUACGUAGAUCUCAACUUCUAUCCGGACAAGGAACUGCUGGUGAACAGCAAGUCGGAGUGCCUGCGCGCCUGCACUGUGGACAACGACUUCGUGUGCCGCUCGGUGCUGUACAAGCCUAGCCAGGACGGCGCCAUGCAGGGCUCGUGUUCAGUCUUUCACGUCGACCACCUCAUGCUGCCCGACGGGCCGGCCACUUUUGCGGGCUCGACCCCACCGCUGCCGUUGCUGGACACAGGCGAGACCAAGGGCAUCUACCUGGAGUCUCGCUGUACCAACAGCACGAGGCAGUACACGGCCAAGCCCGGCACACUCAAGAGUCCACCAAGCGAAACGAGGACGUCAACCAAGUCACCGGUCUUCGCCGACUCGCCUGACCCUUCGUGCGACGCCUACGGGGUGUGCUACGACGUGUCCAUUCAGUGCACGGACGCCAAGAUAGUGGUGUACGUGAAGACGAGCCGUCCCUUCCACGGUCGCAUCUACGCCAUGGGACGCAGCGAGACGUGCAACACGAGCGUUCGCAACAGCCAAGCAUUUCGGCUCGACCUCUCUCUCACUGGACAAGACUGCAACACACAGUCGAUGGGAGGCGUGUACACGAACACGGUCGUGCUGCAGCACCACAACGUCGUGCUCACCAAGGCCGACAAGGUGUACAACGUGCGCUGCACCUACGAGACGUCGUCCAAGAACAUCUCGUUCGGCAUGAUGCCCGUGAGAGACCCGGACACCACCCAGAUAACGGCCUCGCCGGAGGCGCCACUGCCCAAGAUCGUCAUCUUUGGCGUCGACGGCAGGGAGGCGUCCACGGUCAGGAUCGGCGAUCGGCUCACCUUCAGGAUCGAAAUACCCGAGACCACUCCUUAUGGCAUCUUCGCACGGAGUUGCAUCGCCAUGGCUAAGGAUGCGAGGAGCACGUUCGAGAUCAUUGACGAAAGAGGCUGCCCUGUGGAUCCUUCAAUAUUCCCCGGCUUCAUCCAAAUUGACAGUAGCCUUCAAAGUUCCUACGAGGCGUUUAGGUUCACUGAAUCCUAUGGUGUCAUCUUCCAGUGCAACGUGAAGUACUGCGUCGGAAGGUGUGAACCGGUUGUGUGCACGCACGGCCGGGAGAACAUAGAGUCAUGGGGGCGUCGCAAACGGUCUGCCCGCCUUUCCAAGAGGACAACUGAGGAAAUGACACUCAGCCAGGAGAUCUUGGUGCUGGACAUCGGCGAUGACACAGCUGCCAGGUCCAUGACAGAGCGGCCACCCACAGUGAACGAGUCACUCAGCUACCAGGAGACAGUCGAGUUGAUGGACAAGUGCGCCUCCAAGAAUUCUGUGAUGGCGCUUAGCAUAACUGCGUCCACGCUGCUGGUGAUCUACAUCUGCACCGUCGCCUACUUCGUUGCGCAGAGGAAAGUCAAGUCUAUAACAUGAGCUGAAUUGUGGACUUCCAAGGAUCGCAUUCGUUCGGAACACAAUGGCAGCUGCUUGUAACUUUUCCAUACUGCCCAUCUUUGUACCCACCUCAACUGAACGAGUGUUUCGAUGCGCUGUUUGAUGCAAUUUAACACGUCGAGCAUUACGUUUCAGGCAAAAAAUACUGAAUGAAGUAUUAGUCCACAGUAGGAGGUUUGCGACACCAGUGCACUUGGUUAGAAAAAUUUAAUCUCUCCACCAUGUGAUUGC